UUGAUGAGAAAACAUGUUGGAUACUGUCAUUUACACGUGUGGAGACUUUUCUUGACAAGCUGUAAAUGUUUUUGUCGAACUUUUUCUUUUAAGCGAUCCUCUGUUACGGUGGCACGAGAGCAUCAUGGAGCUGAAGGAGGUGGAGAGAUGUUGCUGUGUUGUCAAAGUGUCAGAGGCUGUUUCCGCAAAGAAAUCCGCGAGUUGCAGCGGUGUUGUCGUCCAUCCUCAAACUGGAACUAUUAUUUGCACUGGCCUCCCAUUUUCACGGUUCCUCGCUGACAAAGGUUUGCUGUCUUCUUUUUCGGACGACCGCUUCUUCCUGCCCCCGCGCAGCUUCACCGACAAUCUUCAAAUCCGCGUCAACUUUGCUGCCCGGCGAGGUCUGGACUCGGACCAGAGCCCACCCAGGAGCAGAACACCGCUGCUGCAGGGAGCUGCGGCCGAGCUGCUGAUGCUGGUGAACUGUGUGGACUUCAAACGGGCUUUCCAGACACUUUUCCAAGGGGUGGACCAGUGGCGUUUCCAUGGCGACGAGACUGAAGAUGAGGAGCUGAUCAGAGAUGCUCAGCUCCUCAGCUGGUUCGCUGUGCUCAGGACAGGUGUGGAGGCCCCCAGCCUGCAGGGGUCAGAGGGCAUCCCCAGGCAGAGCAGCUCAGCUCUGCAGAAAGGCUGCCCGGUGGUUGCCUGCGGGUCACCGUUCGGUUCUGUCUGCCUGGACCUCUUCAUCAGCACCCUCAGCAGGGGCAUCGUCAGCAACCUCGCCGGUGAGGACAACGCUGUCAUCCUGACAGAUGCCCGCUGCUUGCCAGGCACUGAAGGCGGAGGGCUGUUUGCAGUGGAUGAUGCAUCAGAGAGGGUGCGUCUCAUUGGGAUCAUCGUGUCUCCGUUUGGCUGGAAGGCCAGCGAGUGGAUCGGCCUCACUCUGGUGUGCUCCGUCCAAGCCAUCUUUAAAACUGUCAUCAACUGUCUGAGCGGUGAAGAUCCACUUAGAGACACGUGGCAGCAUCCGGGGGAAGCAAACCUCUGCAUGUCCACCGCAGCUCAUGGGUCAGAGGCUUAUAGAUACCCCACUGUGUGCUUUGUGGACAGCGGGCAGUUCUGGGGCUCAGGUGUUGCUGUCACCUCUCGGCUGGUUGUAACCUGCCGGCAUGUUGCCAAUGGAAAGUCAACACUCACCCUGAAGUUUCAUCACAAGGACAGGGUCCGUCACAUUGUGGGUGAUGUGGUGUUUUCCACUAAAGCGUCUUCGCCUUAUGACUUGGCUUUAGUAGAGAUGCGAGUCCCAUUCCCAGAAGCCGUGGCCCCUCGGAUGGCCAAGAGUUUUACUCCAGGUCAGCCAGUUGUCGUGGUGGGAUACGGCGGUUUGGGCCGGAGGUGUGGCCCAUCCCUGACCAGCGGCGUCCUCUCCAAGGCCAUCAUCUUGGAUUCACAACCCGUCAUGCUCCAGACUACCUGUGCAGUACAGGCAGGGGCCAGCGGGGGCGCCGUGGUUGAGAAACACUCAGGAGAGCUGCUUGGUAUUGUCUCCAGCAACGCCAGGGACUUGGCCACUGAGGUGACCUACCCACACCUCAACUUUUGCAUCCCAGUGACUGUUUUUCAGAAUCUGCUGCAGGAUUUUCGUCAGACAGGAGAUGUCAGUGUGUUCGGGGUGCUGGACAGCGCUGAAAACCAAGUCAGAAGUGUGUGGAGACUCCAAGGUGCUCAGAGCAAACUGUAAUCGAGGGUGAUUGCACUUUGAGAUGUAACAGAUAUCAAUCUGAUGUUUAAUCAUUGCAUUUUGUGGCCUAAUUCACUUUACACAAUCAAACUGACACUGUGUGAAUUUGUUAAAUGUGAAAUUAUAUUUCCCAAUAUUUGUAUUGAUUUCUUCUUGAAAACAGUCACAACACUGAAUGUGUAAAAGCAACUAAACCACAAUUAAUUCUCAGUAUGUGAAAGCAUUUCAUCUUAACAAAGUCAGCUUUUAAACAAUACUAUUAUUGAUUCAUUGCACUAUAACGUAAUUACAAGCCUUCACUCUGGCAUUCAUUCCCUCCUGGGUGUAUGGUAUGUUCGUCACAUCACUGCAGCUGCAUAAAAUAAUAUUGAUUGUCCACUCGCUCGACAGCAUUCAAUGGUUUCCAGCUUUGAAGAAAACCUAAUUUCACAUUUUCACCGAAAAGACAUCUUUUCUGAAAGCGCAGCCUCAGAUUUUCCCGGUAUACUGUAUAUGACUUGUUUGUGCCAAACAGCAGGAAUAUUCAGCAUAAUGAGCUGACAGGCGGCUGAAAAUGAUUGGUCCCUUUGGGUAGCCAGCGGACUGCUGUCGGUAUCAGGUAUUCAAACAUCUGUUGGAAGGCAUACCCACUCACAGCUCACACAUUUGAGGUUUCACCCACUGGGACAUUACUGGUACUGAUUUCCAUUAUCACAGAAAUGCGAAACUGAGAAAUGACAUUUCAGAGGAUUGGUUACUGUCAUUUUUCACAAUGCGAGGACAAGCUUUCCCAGCCCGAGCUCCCGAGGACGUGCCGGCGCUGUGGCACGCCGAACGUUUUCUGUUUCGCUGUCGCCAGCCUCUAUGGUUCACAGCCAGCGGCUCGAGCAGAGUCCCGAGGAGCCCGAGGAGAGACGUUUCUAUAGGCAUUGUGCUGUUAGAAGUGCUGAUAUGCAGAGCCGGGUCUGUAUCUCAUUUCUGCCGGUUUCCCAUAGCUAUAAGGUACACUUCACUUCAGAAUGAGGUAAGGCAAGAGGAGAGGGGAGCGAACAAUAAGAUCUCCUCCUCUGGGAAUAGCUCACUCACAGAGGAAGACUUGUGUCUUUGAAAUAGUGGGGUUUUU